AUGGCUGCCCAUAGAAGUCUUUCUACCAUGUUCAUGUUCAUGUUCAUGGCUCUCCUUCUUGUGAAGACCAUGAGCAUGAAAAACCCUAAUUACAAUGGUGACAAUAACUGGAUCUCUGCAAGUGCCACAUUCUACGGCGAUAUGUCUGGCGGAGAAACAAUGCAGGGAGCUUGUGGAUAUGGAGAUCUAUUCAAACAAGGAUAUGGACUUGAAACAGCAGCCCUAAGCACUGCACUAUUCAACAAUGGUUCCACUUGCGGAGCAUGUUUUGAGAUAAAGUGUGUGAAUGAUCCGCAAUGGUGUUACCCUAAUGCCGGUUCAAUCACCAUCACAGCAUCCAACUUCUGCCCUCCUAGCUUCCAACCAGGGGGAUGGUGCGAUCCUCCGCGUCAACACUUCGACUUAUCCAUGCCGAUGUUUACAAAACUGGCGUAUUUCAGAGCGGGAAUCAUCCCGGUCCAGUAUCGACGAGUACCUUGUGUUAAGAAAGGCGGGAUUAAGUACGAGAUUAAAGGAAAUCCGUAUUGGUUACUUGUGUUAGUGUACAACGUUGGAGGAGCUGGUGAUGUUGUUAGUGUUCGGAUUAAGGGAUCGAAUACUGAUUGGAUUCAAAUGUCGCGGAAUUGGGGCCAAAAUUGGCAGACUGGAAAUAACUUGGUAGGGCAAAGCUUGUCAUUUGUAGUGAGUGGUAGUGAUGGAAAAACUGUUUCUGAGUAUGAUUUUGUGCCUUCUAAUUGGCAAUUCGGCCAAACAUAUGAAGGUAAAAAUAAUCUCUAG